AGACUUCAAAGCAACAUAGAUUGAAAAAGAUCCAGAAAGUCACAGCUCAACAGUGGGAAGAAAAUCUCAGGAUGGGCUGCAUUAAAACUAACCUGACAUGCUUUUCAGGACUCCCUGAAGUAUGGACCCAGGAAUGUAUACUCUGUCUUGAACAGAUUUUCCAACAUCUGGAAAAUGCAAGGUCAGGGAAUGUAGUUUCUGAGUGGGAAUUGAAGGUGGUAGAGCUUUUAAGAGGGAGGAAGGAAGGGAGUAAAGAGGAGAGGAAGGGAUAUGAGGAAGCAGGGAGGAAGAGGGAAAAGAGCAUUUGUUAGUCUGUUAGUUUGGGCAAUAGGGGAAGGUUGUAGGUUCAAAGGAACUUUAAGAACUACUGGUUUAUUGAUUACUUCCCAUUGGAAUGGGACAAAUGCCUUCCUUUGUCCUGAUGGAGGAAUUCUUUCCAUAAUUAAUUGAUGUUGCCUAAAGCAACUUAUUAUCCUCCCUUAGUCCAAAAUAUUUUGCAUUUGAAAUUGGCCAUUAUUUUCCCCUUUGUCUACUUUUCCUACCUUUUUCCGGUUCAAAGCAAAAUGAAACUUUUCUCUUUAUUCCUUAGAUCAGUUCUUAUGGAAUCAUGUUUGCCUGAAUCACAGUGUAUGAUUUCUUCCUCCACCUCCUCUGGUUUCGUGGCUCAGGAGCCUGUUCUACCCUUUUGUGACUGUAAGACAGCAAAAUAUUCUACUACCCACAGCACCUCCUCUGGAUCAUCAUGCAAUGACUCCAGUUUGUCUCACUUUUCUGUCUUUUCUGAAGGAACAACUGGGAAAUUCCAGUGCCAUAGUUUACCUAUUUUUUCUAAAAAGCAACCAUCUAUGUUCAAGAACCAAGGCACAUCCCUGCCUCCUCCUCAUCUCUCAGAGCUUGGGAAAUCAAAACUCUUUCAGAGUUUGGCAACUCUUUCAGCCUUAAGACCUCAAACAUCUUUCACCAACUCUACUAUCUGCAAACAAUUGAAAACAAAGGAUGGGAGAAGGAGCAAGAGUCAUUUGACAUCAGAUCAUUGGCCAAAUUCUAUUUUCAAGGACAGACCUCAAUUCAAAGGCCAGGAUUCAAUCCAGAUCUCUUCUUUGACUAGGUGGAAGUUAGAGAGACAUAUGGCUUGGAAGAUUUGUACUUUGCAGAAAAAAACAAUACCCCUGCCUGUGAGGGAAUCAUGGGCAAUGUUGAAUUAUUUAACUGAGGUACAAGGAAACAUCCCUGAACCAGAAAAACCCCAAAUCCAGUUAUCUAUGCCCAUUUAUCAAAGCACUGAGCAAAAUGUCAACAGUGAAUCCCCAGACCUUCCAUCAUUUCAGCGCCAUGUGAACACUGGAGUGGAAUCUGGAUUAAAUAGAACAGAAACAAAAAUUUCAGAAUCCCUUACCCCAGGUAAACAGUCACAACCUGAGGGUGGCCCCCAAAUUCUUGGAUCCAAGUUGUUAGUUACAUCAAUGGGCACUCCACCUCCCCAAAGUUUAGGAGUUGACAUAAUUGAAAAAGAAACCACUUUAUUGCAGAAGGACCCAAAAUAUACGUUAGAGCUUAGUAUAAAGCAGAGGGUAAUAGGUCACCCAGAAAAAAACAUACAGAAGCAUGAGACCCAAGUGACUAGUGUGGAGUUGACGCCAAGGCUACCAUAUCAAGUCACAGAUAGCAUAAAGGUAACCCCAUUGGCAUUAAUUCAAGCCAUGGAUUCCAUGGGGAUGAUUCCGGAAUCACAUUCAGAGGUGAUAGAACCUUUUUCCUACUACUAUUGA